AGUGGCGCUGACGGAAGGAUGGACCCGCGGAGGGACGCGCCGGGCUCAGACCGUGACAAACCCACGCGAGGGGGAGGCUGCGGAUGCCGCGAGCGCACGCACAGACCAAACAACCGCUGCACUGAGGAGGAGGAGGCUGAGCGCGCGCGGAGGAAAAGAUGAGCUCCCACAAGAAGAUGGAGGACGAGGCGGUGCUGGACCGCGGGGCGUCCCUACUCAAGAAAGUCUGCGAUGAGGAGGAGGUGGAGGGCCACCACACCAUCUACAUUGGUGUCCGUGUCCCCAAGAGCUAUCGGCGUCGGAGGCGUCACCGCCGGAGAACCGGCCACAAGGACAGAAAGGAGAGGUUGAUGGAAAACGCCUCUGACAAGUCGGACACAGAAAACAACGAGGAGGCCAGCAACAGCAUCCUCAAACCUCUCAUCUCCCCGGCUGCAGAGAGGAUACGCUUCAUCCUGGGGGAGGAAGACGAUGGCCCGGCACCCCCACAGCUCUUCACGGAGCUGGACGAGCUGCUGUCCGUGGACGGACAGGAGAUGGAGUGGAAGGAAACGGCCAGGUGGAUCAAGUUUGAGGAAAAGGUGGAGAAAGGAGGAGAGCGCUGGAGUAAACCCCACGUGGCCACGCUGUCCCUGCACAGCCUGUUCGAGCUGCGGACGUGCAUCGAGAAGGGCACCAUCAUGUUGGACAUGGAGGCCUCCAGCCUUCCUCAGGUUGUCGAAAUGAUUACCGACAACCAGAUCGAGAUCAGCCAGCUGAAACCAGAGCUGAAGGACAAGGUGAUGUACACGUUGCUACGGAAACAUCGCCACCAGACCAAGAAGUCCAACCUGCGCUCCCUGGCUGACAUCGGCAAAACGGUCUCCAGUGCAAGUAGGCUGUUUUCCAACCAGGACAACGCCCGCAGUCCUCUUGAGAACUCGGUGACCUGUCUGUCAGGUCACAUCUCAAUGGAGGACUUGCAGAACCAACGAAGUGCCAGUAUGGACUGGCUCAACAGUCCCACCACGGCCCACCGGAACCUGGCCUCCAGCAGCCUGAACGACAUCUCCGACAAACCGGAGAAGGAUCAGCUGAGGAACAAGUUCAUGAAGAAGUUGCCCAGAGACGCAGAGGCCUCCAAUGUGCUGGUGGGGGAGGUGGACUUCCUGGACGCUCCCUUCGUGGCGUUUGUUCGUCUGCAGCAGGCGGUGAUGCUGGGCGCCCUGACCGAGGUUCCUGUUCCCACAAGGUUUCUGUUCAUCCUGCUGGGACCCAAGGGCAAAGCCAAGUCCUACCACGAGAUCGGCAGGGCCAUCGCCACGCUGAUGUCGGACGAGGUCUUUCACGACAUCGCGUACAAGGCCAAGGACAGGCAGGACCUGCUCGCCGGGAUCGACGAGUUCCUGGACGAAGUGAUCGUGCUUCCUCCUGGGGAGUGGGACCCGACCAUCCGGAUAGAACCUCCCAAAAGCCUCCCCUCCUCUGAUAAAAGGAAAAACAUGUACGCUGGAGGAGAUUCUCAGAUGAAUGGAGACAUGCCUCGUGAUGGGGGUCAUGGAGGAGGGGGCCACGCCAUAGGGGACGAGCUGGAGAAGACCGGCAGGUUUUGUGGAGGUCUCAUUCUGGACAUCAAGAGAAAAGCGCCUUUCUUCAUCAGCGACUUCACGGAUGGCUUUCACAUCCAGGCCCUGUCAGCCACUCUCUUCAUUUACCUGGGAACUGUAACCAACGCCAUCACCUUUGGCGGCCUGCUGGGGGACGCCACAGAGAACAUGCAGGGGGUGUUGGAGAGUUUUCUGGGCACGGCCAUCACAGGCGGAGUUUUCUGUCUGCUGGCGGGCCAGCCGCUGACCAUCCUCAGCAGCACUGGUCCGGUUCUGGUGUUUGAACGGCUGCUUUUCAACUUUAGCAGAGAUAACGACUUCGACUACAUGGAGUUCCGACUGUGGAUCGGCUUGUGGUCGGCGUUCUUCUGUCUGGCGCUGGUGGCCACAGACGCCAGCUUCCUGGUGAAAUACUUCACUCGCUUCACAGAGGAGGGCUUCUCCUGCCUCAUCAGCUUCAUUUUUAUCUACGAUGCCUUCAAGAAGAUGCUGAAGUUAUCCCACCACUACCCCAUCAACUCUGACUACAGGAUGGACUACGCCACUCAGUACGACUGUCUGUGCAUGGCGCCCACCAUCCUAGAAAACGAGACGGGGAUCCUCCUUGACGCUUCAGAAAGUAUGUCCGUCUGGUACUGGAACAACACCGGCUUGCCGCUGAACGCCACGUGGUCGUCCCUCACAAAGACAGACUGCCUGAAGUACAGGGGGGAGUUGGUGGGGAAGGCCUGCGAGUUUGUCCCAGACGUCACCCUCAUGUCCUUCAUCCUCUUCUUUGGUACCUACACCUGCUCCAUGGCUCUGAAGAAGUUCAAAACCAGCCCCUUCUUCCCCACCACAGUGAGGAAACUCAUCAGUGACUUUGCCAUCAUCCUGGCCAUCCUCAUCUUCUGUGGAGUCGAUAUGCUGGUAGGAGUGGAAACUCCCAAACUCAUUGUGCCAAGUGAGUUCAAGCCAACCAGUCCAAACCGGGGCUGGUUCGUGCCCCCGUUUGGAGGAAACCCCUGGUGGGUGUACCUGGUGGCGUCCAUUCCUGCCCUGCUGGUCACCAUUCUGCUGUUUAUGGACCAGCAGAUCACGGCUGUGAUCGUCAACAGGAAGGAGCACAAGCUGAAGAAAGGAGCGGGUUACCAUCUGGACCUGUUCUGGGUGGCGGUCCUGCUGGUGGUCUGCUCCUUCAUGGGUCUGCCGUGGUACGUUGCUGCCACCGUCAUCUCCAUCGCUCACAUCGACAGUCUGAAGAUGGAGACGGAAACAUCGGCUCCUGGAGAGCAGCCCAAGUUCCUGGGCGUGAGGGAGCAGAGGGUCACGGGAGUGCUGGUCUUCAUCCUGACCGGCCUGUCCGUCUUCAUGUCUCCCAUCCUGAAGUUCAUCCCGAUGCCGGUGCUGUACGGCGUCUUCCUGUACAUGGGGGUGGCCUCUCUGAACGGAGUGCAGUUCAUGGACCGCCUGAAGCUGCUGCUGAUGCCGGCCAAACACCAGCCGGACCUGAUCUACCUGCGGCACGUUCCUCUCAGGAAGGUCCACCUCUUCACCUUCAUCCAGGUGCUCUGCUUGGCUCUGCUCUGGAUCCUCAAGUCCACCGUUGCCGCCAUCAUCUUCCCUGUCAUGAUUCUAGCUCUGGUCGCUGUGAGGAAAACCAUGGAUUACAUGUUCUCCCAACACGACCUCAGCUUCCUGGAUGACGUGAUUCCAGAGAAGGACAAGAAGAAGAAGGAGGACGAGAAGAAGAAGAAGAAAGAGGGCAGCUUGGACAGUGAUGCUGAAGAUUCUGACUGUGCUUACAUUGAGAAGGUUCCCAGCCUAAAAAUCCCCAUGGACAUCAUGGAGCAGCAGCCCUUCUUAGGUGAAAAAGCUUCUGACAGAGACAAGCCCCUGUCAUUCCUUGACCAACACACGACGUGCUGAGCAGCUCCGCUACUAUCAGGACAGCUACUUAUCCAGCCCUGAGAUGAGCCCUCUGAAGUCUGUGCCUCAGAUUAGGAUAGAAAUGGAUCCGGAUGAAGAAAAUUCCUUCUACUGGAGGAGAAGAGGAUCUGAAACAUCCCUUUGAAAGACCCCGCCUCCACCAGGAGAACCCCACCCCCACCCGCCCGUCACUAAAGGACUGUGCUCUGAUCAGGGAGGGCGACCCAGUGCUGUGGUUCUGCUGGUCCGUCAUGUCGGCGCCCUCUCGGCUCAGAUACUCGUCUAUGCAACGUCUCCCUCAUUGUUGAUCUACAGCGAACGCCGCAGCACCCCCCCCCCCCCCUUUUAUACACUGACAUGAAUAUAUAAAAGGAUCAAAAUGAGUUUUUCUAUCAGUAAUUUGACGUCAGCCACAUUUCCUGCAGCAGGAAGUGAUGUCGGUAGCUGGUUUGUUAGGUUCUGGACGGUUCUUGUCGAUGUUCUGGAUUCAUGGUGGUCUGAGGGUUCUGCUGUAUUGUUGUUUUAGAAGUUUGAUAAUAGUGCACGUACGUGCACAGAGGUGGUUUAAUCAUGCAGUUUUUAUCUUAAUCUUUCUAACUGAUCACGUUUGUGUCGAUGAAAUCCUCUUUGGUUUUUUAUGAUUGACUCUUGAACGCGGCGCUGACACUUCCUGCGUCUGUGUUCGCUUUUCUUUUGGGGGGGCCAAGAGUUCAGACGCCUCAGACUUUCCUGGGACAAACCUGAAGUCCUUUACCUGAGUGACUUCAUACCUGAUCAAAGCUCUGCAGAAAUCCCUGGGAGCUGCGAGCAGAGGUCACUUCAGGUCAUUCCUGUUUGUUUCAUAUUUAAACGUUUUUUUUGGGGUUAAGGACCAGACUUCAGUUAUGAUUAGGAUUCAUGCGCAGAAUACAACUGAUUUCAUGUUGUUGCUCAUAAUCCAGACGUUUUCAGGGAAGAAAAAUCUGAUCUGAGACUAUUUUGAAGUAAAAAUUGAUUUAAAAUCUAACUUUGUUUAAAAAUGAUCUUCACUGUUUAUUCAGCACUUCUGAUUUUUUUUUAAUCAUUUUAUUCAAAUCUAAAUUUGAAUAAAAGACUGAAAUUUUAUUGAUAUUGUUUCUUAUGUUUAGCCUUGACCCCCCCCCCAGUAGAUCUCAGACUUUCACGAAAGAAUUCACAUUUUUUCAAACAAAUCAAAUCUAGGUGUGAAUGUUUCCUGUUUGACCCUGAUGGUGGUCUGGACCUUUGACCCCUGGUUCAGGGGGAGGGGCACCCCCAUCCUUUAGGAGCCGUUUCACUUUUCCACCCCAGGAAGCACAAACUCACCUUUUCCUGCAUGUUUGGCUUCUUAGUAUUUUAAGACUCAUCAGAAUUAAUUCAACCUUAAACCCCCGUUUUCUACUGGGACAUGAAGGUCUCUGUUCCACGCUCUCGUCAUGCAACAGGAACGAUGGCGGCAGAGGAAAUUCAUAAUAAUAAUAAUAAUAAUCUUUUAACACCAUUUGAUUAACUUUUUAGAAUUGGGGGAACUGGGUUAUUUUAGAACUUCUAUUUUUCAAAUGAACUGAAUCUUGAAAAUAAACAUUUAUCAAACACC